AUGUUCUGGUACCUCCAGCUAUCGCAACGACGAAGCAAACAUAAAUGUACGAUAUCAGCCGAGUACCUACUGAAGGCUCCUGAAGCGAGAAUAGAUGGCUCUCAGGUGCGUAAUCGAUGGCUAAACGCGCAGAAAUCACCAUCCAAAGAGCCAGAAAAACAGCAAUAUACUCCACAUGCACCUGCAGAAGUGGAGAAACAACAGGCAACACCAAAUUCUUCUGCCGACUGCUCACCAGAAAAUACAGCUGCUGCAGAUCGAGGCCCGGAUUUACUAGCUGUACUGGAGAUUCGUAGCGGCGUCAGAUUGCAGCGCAUCAUCCCAAAAACAUGCCCAAAAUGUGCUCCGCAAGAUUUUCCUGAAUAUACCGAGAAGAAAUCUAGUGCUUUAGGUGCACGGGGCAUUUUUGCCAAAAAACUAGGCGCGGAUUUGCGAAACCGCCCAAAUAUUGGAGAGAUAUUGCUGGAAGCCAUGAGAAAACGUCGACUCAGAAUGCGUUACGAUGUCAGACUGAAACUUUUAGUAGGCGUAAUUCCGGAUGAUUAUUUAAACACAGAUGCCGGAUCGAGCUCAUCAUCGAGUGACCAGGACGAAAGUGAACGAGAUGAACAGGACUGGAGUGAUAACGAUAGUGACACCGAUUACAGCAAUGAUAAUGACAAUAAUAAUAAUAAUAUUAGUAAUGAAAUGCGCCCACUCAACGAGGCGCAAGAACGACUCAUAUGA